CCACUCGAUUUGCACUAGACAGCAUGAUUGCUUUUGGCGGUGACGAUAGAGAAUCUUUCUCUCUCGUUGCUCACCCAAUUGCUGUUGCUGCUAGCCCGAGCGAUGCAAGAUCUUAGGUUGCUUUGAAGGCUCUGAACCCAUCGGUCAACCCUCAUAUAGGCAGUGCCGAAAGCAUAGCUAAGACUCUUGCAGCUUAGAGAUCUCUGAUCUCCAUCAAGCCAACAACGCCCAGCUCGUGGGUCAUUCUCUCAGAAUGAGGUUUUUCCCAUGGCUAGCGCUCGCCGUCUAUAUUGCAUGUGGAACGAUCAGCCUGGCGAGACAGGUGCCUCGAGAUGAUCGGUAUCAGGCUCAAACGUUGGUCACGCUCGUGGCGAGACAAUCGGCCUCACAAAGUACCAUCACGGCCGGCACUGAGGUUGCCUCGACGACAUUAGAAAAGACAGCGACAAUCACGUCAACUUCGAGCGUAACGACGGCCGGAGCUACGGCCAAUGUCACUGCCACACCGACAACUACCAUGCCUUCUUUGAACAGCUCUCCUCCAUCUACUAAUAAAACAACUCCAGCAAAUCCAGAUGGCCUGCCGAUUCAGCCACAUAUCACACCUGCAUUGGGUGUAGGCGGAUUCCUCCUUAUGAUCAUUGGUGCUGCAUAUGCGCUGAUUGGAAUCCAGAACCUAUGGGUCCAUGUGUUCCUUUCGGCGGCAUUAUUGACCAGCCUCGGAGUAACGGUUUUGAUUGUCUACGUCAUGAGCCCGCCCAUUCAUCCUGCGAUCCAGGGAGCUUACCUCGUGGCGGUAUUUUUCACAGGCGUCACGUUUGGAGGACUGUCAAUUGUCUUCAAGGAGCUAACAGAAGGACUGGGGUGCCUCCUCGGCGGGUUCUGCAUGAGCAUGUGGCUUCUAACCUUGAAGCCUGGAGGCCUCCUCACUGGGGCAGGGACGAAAAGCGGCUUCAUCGGCGCAAUCUCGGUCGGCGUCUACGCCUUGUCUUUCAGUCAUCACACGCGCCCAUAUGCACUAAUUUUCUCUACCUCGUUUGCAGGAGGGACAGUGCUUGCGUUGGGGAUUGACUGUUUCAGUAGGGCCGGGUUGAAGGAGUUUUGGCUCUAUAUCUGGGAUUUGAACGACAAUAUCUUCCCGUUGAACACCAAUACCUACCCUAUAACCCGAAACAUUCGCGUGGAGCUUGCUGUGAUUGUGAUUGCCUGUAUUCUUGGGAUCAUUUCGCAGCUACGACUGUGGAGAGUCGUCAGGGAACGCCGCAAGAAGGAAGAUGCCCUGCGCAAAGAAGAGGCGAAGCGAAAGGAAGAGGCCGAAGAAGAACUGGGUCGGAAACUAGAGGAAGCGAACAUGAAGGAACGUAAGGAAUGGGAGGCAAGAUACAAUGGCGAAGCAAAGGUUACCUCUGGCAGCAAUGGUGACGACCUUCUGAAGAACGCAAACGUGACGGAGAAAGAUCUUGAGAAGGGUGAUCCGGAAAAAGAAAGCAUGUCAAGCUAUAGCUACGAAACAUCCGACGGUUCAGGCGACAGCGAGUAUGACGAUGAUGAGGAUGAAACGCCGUCGUUGGACGAAGAAAAUCGUCCAAGAAACGGCGAGUCAGGUGGUCUCAAACGCAACAGGGCCGAUACGCUUGUUCCAUUCAAAGUGUUUGAUGGCUCUGCACACGUCAAACGAGAUGACGAGUCUGAUGUGACCGCUAUUGUUGGCUCUGAAAUUGGCUCCACCCGGUCCAGGCCUUAUUCCAGCAAAUCGUUUCUCAAGAGGAUGUCUGCAAAGAACGGACCGAAGCCGAUUUCCGAGUCGAAAGAGGCCUUGAUCCAGCAAGCGUGUGAGGGCGAUGCAGAUGGCCUGGACGAGGAUCAUGGACCAUGCCCUAACGCUGCAUCGGGCGGACCAAAGAGAGACGUAAAUGCCACUGCUGAUUAUAUCAAGGAGGAAGAAAAAUCUUCUCCGGAAAAUCAGGCUACGACACAAGAUCAAGGAGAACAAAAUAGACCAGCAUUGAACGCAGUCGCCAGAGAACAAGAGGGCGAAGAUUUGGAGCCUUCUCCAGGGAACAAACUUACCAAGCCCAAGACGAAGCAAGACAAGAAGUCCCGUCGUAAGAAGAGAUCGGGCGACAGGCAGUAUCUGGGGAUCAAGGAGAUGCUAGAUGAUAGCCAGUUCCUUGAAGACUGUCUAGCCAGCGACGAGCAAACGAAAGUCGACCAGCAGUCCGACGACCAACCCCAGCAGCAAUCCUCUGAGCAAAGUAAGACGAAUCCCAAGAGGAGAAAAUCAUCCAAGACUCCCAGAAUCCCAGAUUUGGAGGCCCAAGAUUCUGUGAAUGAUGCUGCAGAUGGUGAACCGGUCGAGGCUGCGCCAGCAGUCAGUAGACAGGAACCAGCAGUAUCAAUCGAGAAACCUCUGGAAGGCCAAAUUGAGGCAAACCCUGAGGAAGGCCCUUCAACCUUGAAGGUUGAGUCUAAUCUAUCCUCUGAACCAGCAGAGCUCCCUGCUGCAGACCAGCCAAAGCCAGAAUCUGUGCAGCCUGCGCCCGCCACUCAACAAGAGCCAGAGACUACAGAGUCGACUGCGAAACCACACGGUUCGAAAGCUGUAACAGUGGCAGUUGCAGCGAAAUCUUCCGUAUCGCCUGAACCAAAGAAGAAGACUGAGCAGUUGACAAUGCAGAAGCUGCCCGAUACCCGCCCCGAACCGGCAGCGAAGAAGGCAGAGAAGCCGAAGCUGACAGCAGAAACGGUCGAACAGAUUCCGCGGCAGACCUCGCGUCUCGUUCUCUCCUACCGCACCAACGAGUGGGCGAAGCAUCUCGCCAAUGCAGAUGCCCCCGAGUUCGACGCUUUGCAGCCCGUCCCUGAGGAGAGAAACGGAAAGGCCGCGGAUGAUGCCGAGGGAGCACCUGCAGAAGAGGCUGCUGUACCGGUGAAUGUGCGGGAACUGCUGCAGACCCCGCUGGAUGCACAGCCUCCGCCAGCUGUGAUGGAGAAACGCCCCUCGAUGUCCAAGGAGCGGCCACCAUUGAGUCCCAUCGAGGACCCUCGGCGGCUGGUGAGAUCUCUGUCGAAGUCACCGCCGCCCCGUGAGUCCAUGUCACGCUCCCACUCACGCAAUCACUCGCGGACGGGAGUAGUGUCACCUCUGGCACAGUUGUCUCCGCGGAGCGCCUCGAAGUCGUUGACGAACCUGGCACAGUCGCCAACCGUUGCCUCACAGUCGGCCCUGCAAGCGAGCUUUGGCGGGAUCCGCAAUGCAUCGAGCCCGCUGCUAACACGGCUCAUGGCGGCCGAACAACCGCCGACGACGGGCGAGAAAGAAAACAAGGCCGGGGCGGCUGGCGGCCCCAAGGGAAGCAAAUGGAAGGGACCCCCUCCGCUCCUUGCGGUACGGGAGAACAUGAUGCAGAACCGCAUCACAUCGGUGUCGAUGAGCAAUGACCCCUGGCAGUCACGAAGCCAUACCAACGCGAAUUAUGAAUUCUCGUCGGCCCGAGCCUCGCCGACUAGUUCAACGUUCAUGGACGAAGACAACAUGCCGCUGUCGCAGCGUCGAGCGAUGAUGAAUAACCAACAGCAGCAUCAGGCGAGAUCAUCGCCUCCUCCUCCUCCUCCCCCACCGCACGCUAUACGCGGUCCACGGGCGAUCGGUACUCCGGAGGCGACGAUGGCUGCCUGGCGAGAAGCAGUGCGGGAGGAAUUGACGCGCGAGGAUCCGCUGGCCGGGCUGACCGCGUUGAGUGUCGGACUGGGAGGAGGAGGAGGAGGAGGGACAGGAGGAGGAACGGGAACAGGAACAGGAGGAGUUAACGGAAUGUCUCGCAGUCCAACACCGGCAGCGACGGUCAGUCAAAGCCUGGACGCAGCGAUCGCCGAGGGCAUGCAAAAGGGGGAGAUGGCGGAGCUGCACCGGGAAGCGAUGCGGCGCAUGCAGGCGUCUGCCAAACAUAGGUAGAGGAGGAGUGAGUUAACGGAAGUAUGAGGGACGACUGGACUAGUUGGUUGGGUUACUUGGAAUCAACGCGUUAAUAAUAUAUAAUCUGUGAAGUCGGAGUGUCAGUUCAUCGUCCUAUCUCCUAUACUAUACUACUAGACUCUAGUCCCUUGCCCCGGUCGAUCCCAUAGUAUGAAUACUCCGC